UCCUGUGCUGUCAAUCAGUAGAGUUCCCUCCCCUUUCACUGCACUUCCAGAGGAGGGAGAGAAUCUAAGCUUCAGUCUGAGGCAGGUACGAGAGACACACUCGUUCCAAACCAUACCCUAGUUUUUACAGAUAUGCCUAACAGAAAGAAGCGGUGAACAUUGCCUGAAUUUCAGUACUACGUGGAAUAUCACAAUUCUAUUUUUGUACCGAUUCGAGACACGGAAUAACCAAUAUUUGUUUGAAUUCAUAUUUUUUGAGCUAUGGAAGUGGAAGGACUUUGUCAACCAGAAUAUGUAAGACGCAAUAUGUGUUUUGGAUCCCGAGGGCAAUUACUCGUUUUUCUCCUGUAUUUCAGUUAUGUUGUUAGUGGUCAAAUCCGUUAUUCCAUUCCAGAGGAGAUGAAGAAAGGCUCUAUUAUCGGUAACGUAGCUCAAGACCUGGGGUUGGAUUUAAAAAGGCUCCGACUGGGCCGUGCCCGUAUCGUGACCGGGGAAAGCGUUCAGUACACAGAGCUGAAGACAGACAAAGGGAUUCUAGUCGUGAGUGAGAGAAUAGACCGAGAGCAGCUUUGUGGCGACGUAACGCCAUGUAGUUUCAGCUUCGAAAUUAUACUAGAAAAUCCGAUGGAACUCCAUCGAGUAACUGUAGAAAUUCUAGAUGUAAAUGACCAUUCGCCUGCUUUUUCGAGGAAAGAUAUACAGUUUGAAAUUAGCGAGUCUGCUACAUUAGGUUCCCGUUUUAUGUUAGCAAGUGCGGAGGAUCCUGAUGUAGGAGUUAAUGGUCUACAGAAUUAUAUUUUAACACCCAAUUAUAAUUUCGUUCUAAAACAGCAUGCGAAACCCGACGGUAGUAAAUAUGCUGAAAUGAUUCUUCAGAAACAGUUAGAUAGAGAGGAACAUCCUAGUUUUUCUUUUAAGCUUAUUGCUUUAGACGGUGGAAAUCCGCAGAGAUCUGGUACAGUAAAUAUAGAGAUCACUGUCUUAGAUGUUAAUGACAACGCGCCUGUGUUUAACCAGUCAGUGUACAGGGCGACUGUGAUGGAAAACGCUGUGAAAGGCACUUAUAUUACCACAGUCAAUGCCAGCGAUGCUGAUGGUGGAUCAAACGGUGUUGUAACAUAUUCAUUUUCCAACCUAAAACAAAGUGUUGCUGACAUUUUUAGCAUAGACGAAACAACAGGAACUAUAUCAGUUGACGGAGGAAUAGAUUAUGAGAAGAAUAAAAAAUACGAAAUCAGAGUGGAGGUAAAGGAUCAGGGUGGUUUAACAGACUCAAGUGAAAUUGUAAUUGAAGUUAUUGAUGUUAAUGACAACGCACCAGUUAUGAACGUAAUGUCUUUCUCCAGCUCUGUUUCUGAAGAUGCUCCCCUGGGCACAACCAUAGCUAUUAUAAAUGUGAAAGAUGCUGAUUCAGAGAAAAAUGGACAGAUUACAUGUUCUAUAAACAGUAACCUCCCGUUUAAGAUCAGAUCUUCGUUAAGUAGUUAUUAUACGUUAAUCUCAGAUGUGGCGUUUGACAGAGAAACAACACCAGAAUAUAACAUAACCAUAACAGCGACAGACUCUGGUUCGCCUCCUCUCUCCAGUGCCAGAACGUUACACCUUAGAAUCUCUGACGUAAAUGAUAAUGCCCCAUUAUUUAAUCAGAGUUCGUUCGCGGCCUACGUCAAAGAGAAUAACUCUCCUGGAAUGUCCAUAUUUACUGUCAGCGCACGGGACACUGACUGGAAUCAAAACGCUAAAAUCUCGUACCACUUGGAAGACACGCAGAUCAGUGGAACUUCAGUCACUACGUACAUAUCCAUUAACUCUGAAACCGGAGUUUUACAUGCACUACGUUCCUUUGAUUUUGAACAAAUCAAACAGCUAAAUCUCGUGGUUAAGGCGCAAGACGGAGGCUCUCCUCCACUAAGUAGCAAUAUUAGUGUGAACAUCUUCAUCCAAGAUCAGAACGACAAUGCGCCUCAGGUUUUGUACCCAGUCCAGACUAGCACCUCUCUGGUGGCUGAAAUGGUGCCUCGUUCAGCAGAUGUGGGCUAUCUUGUCACUAAAGUGGUGGCUGUUGAUGUGGACUCUGGGCAGAAUGCCUGGCUCUCGUAUAAACUUCAGAAACCGACAGACAGGGCGUUGUUCGAAGUGGAUUUACAGAAUGGAGAAAUAAGAACUAUACGUCAAGUCACUGAUAAAGAUGCUGUGAAACAAAGGCUCACUGUUGUAGUGGAGGACAACGGGCAGCCCUCUCGUUCAGCUACAGUCAAUGUUAACGUGGCGGUGGCGGAUAGUUUCCCUGAAGUGCUAUCGGAGUUCACUGACUUUACGCACGAGAAGGAAUACAAUGACAACCUGACUUUUUACUUAGUCUUGGCUUUGGCUGUAGUCUCAUUUCUUUUCAUUACGUGUUUGGUAGUUAUUAUAUCGGUUAAAAUAUACAGAUGGAGACAGUCCCGCAUCCUCUAUCAUUCCAGUCUCCCGGUCAUUCCGUAUUAUCCACCCCGUUACGCAGACACUUUGGGAACCGGAACUUUACAACACGUGUACAAUUACGAGGUGUGCAGGACGACUGACUCCAGAAAGAGUGACUGUAUGUUCGCCAGACCCGAUAGCCAGAACGUACUGAUAAUGGACCCCACUUCUACAGAGAAGAUGCAGCGUAUGCAGAGUGAAAAGCAUAUCAUGGAUGAACCAGACUCACCUAUAGAGUUCCGGAGUUAG